AUGGCGCGCCGUCGCCGGCCGCCGCGUCCAGGCGCCCUCACCGAGCUCCCGCCGCUCAAGAUCCUCAGCCAGAUUGCCGCGCUGCAAGGGUUAUACUAUGCAGCGGCGCUGGUGCUGAUGUUAUUCACGGUGUUGGUAGCGGGCACCAAGUUCAGUUUCGAUCUCGUUUUUGGGUGGGAUGCGGUGCGUGGGGAUACGACACAAGGGUGGUUGAUGGGGUUUGUGUGGAUUUUGGACGGGGGUUUGGUAAUGGCCGUCGCGAUAGUAGUGCUCGUGGGCCGCUCCAAACUCGUACUCGACUUUGCCCUUUCGCUCCACGGGAUCCAUCUAGUCAUAGUAACCUUAUACUCUGGCCAACUCCCGCGUCACACAGCUUGGUGGUUUUCAAUGGCCGCCGCGAGUGGUGUCGCGGUUGCGUUGGCUACAUGGGGCUGCCGCUACCGCCAAUUACAACCAAUAUCCUUUGAGGCGUAUCGGGAUGAGCACUACGAUCCCAAGAUCCUGCAAGAGAUGGGUGAGCUAGGCCUCCUCGGCGCUACGAUCGAGGGGUACGGCUGCGCCGGCGCCUCUUCUGUUGCCGGGGGCCUGAUCACCCGUGCAGUGGAACGUGUGGACAGCGGCUACCGGAGUAGCAUGUCGGUGCAGUCAUCACUAGUAAUGGGCCCGAUCAAUGAGUUUGGCUCGGUCGAACAAAAAGAAAAGUACCUGCCUGACUUGGCCCGGGGCAAGACGAUCGGUGCUUUUGGUUUGACUGAGCCCAACCACGGCAGCGACCCGGGCUCAAUGGAGACGGUUGCACGCGAGCACCCGCAAAAGAAGGGAUAUUACCUCCUGAACGGGUCCAAGACGUGGAUCACGAACUCACCCAUCGCUGACCUCCUCGUUGUAUGGGCCAAGCUGCAGGACACGGGCAAGAUCCGUGGCUUCCUGGUCGACCGCAAACAGUGUCCCGCCGGCACCCUUGAAACACCCGCUAUCAAGAACAAGACUGGCCUACGGGCCUCCAUCACGGGCAUGAUCCACCUCGCCGACUGCCCCGUCCCCAAGGAGAAUAUGUUCCCCGAGAUCGAAGGACUCAAAGGUCCCUUCGCCUGCCUCAACAGCGCGCGGUAUGGCAUCGCGCUGGGUGUGAUGGGUGCGUUGGAGGACGCCCUCGCGCGGACGCGUGCAUAUGCCCUCGAGCGCAAACAGUUCAAGGGCAACCCGUUGGCCAAGUACCAGCUAAUCCAGAAGAAGCUGGCAGACGCAGCGACGGAUGUAGCCUACGGCACCCUGGCGGCCAUCCAGGUUGGCCGGCUCAAAGAUGAAGGCAAGGCCACGCCCGAGAUGAUCAGCAUGAUCAAGCGGCAGAACUGCGACCGCGCGCUGCACAAUUCCCGUGUGCUACAAGAGGUGUUUGGUGGCAACGCCGUCAGUGACGAGUACAUGGUCGGCCGCCAUGUGGCAAACCUGUACGUCACGCAGACCUAUGAGGGGCAGAGCGAUAUUCACACCUUCCGACGUCGUUCUUUGCCAAAUACCACACCACCACACCACCACACAACCACAGACAUGGCGCUGAAGCGUAUUAACAAGGAACUCACCGAUCUCGGCCGAGACCCGCCCUCCUCGUGCUCUGCUGGACCUUCCGGCGAAGAUCUGUUCCAUUGGCAGGCGACGAUUAUGGGUCCUGCUGACUCGCCGUACGCGGGUGGUGUUUUCUUCCUUGACAUUAAUUUCCCUACGGAUUACCCUUUCAAGCCGCCAAAGGUUCAAUUCACCACCAGAAUCUAUCACCCCAACAUCAACGCCAACGGCAGUAUCUGCCUCGACAUUCUGCGUGAUCAGUGGAGUCCUGCUCUGACCAUCUCGAAGGUCCUACUCUCCAUCUGCUCGAUGUUGACCGAUCCCAACCCCGACGAUCCGCUGGUUCCGGAAAUUGCACAUACAUACAAGACCGACCGUGCGAAGUACGAGGCGACUGCCCGCGAGUGGACCCGGAAGUACGCCGUCUGA